AUUUUUGGGUUCUGAACUAGAUUUUGUUGCUUGGUUCUAUAUAUUAUAACAUUUCGAAACUUCCUUUCUCACAGGUUGUAUCUGGUCAGGCAUUGCGGGCCUCACCUCUGUACGCCAUGCGAUCCAGUGCUUUAUAUUCAACAGACAGAGAGGAUAUAGAGAGAGAGGAACUUGCAAAGGAAAUUUCGAAGGAUUGGAAUUCUGUGUUUGAGAGAAGCAUAAACACACUCUUCCUUACCGAAAUGGUCCGUGGGUUGUCGUUGACCCUGAAGUACUUCUUUGAGCCAAAAGUUACUAUCAACUACCCGUUUGAGAAGGGUCCUUUGAGUCCUAGGUUCCGUGGAGAGCAUGCUCUCCGCCGAUAUCCUACAGGAGAGGAACGUUGCAUUGCUUGCAAGCUUUGUGAAGCUAUUUGCCCUGCACAAGCGAUCACAAUUGAGGCAGAGGAACGAGAAGAUGGAAGCCGUAGGACUACUCGGUAUGAUAUUGACAUGACCAAGUGCAUCUACUGUGGAUUCUGCCAGGAGGCUUGUCCUGUUGAUGCCAUUGUCGAAGGACCAAAUUUCGAAUUUGCCACCGAAACCCACGAGGAGCUUUUGUACGACAAGGAGAAGCUGCUCGAGAAUGGUGACCGUUGGGAAACUGAGAUUGCCGAGAACCUCAGGUCUGAGAGUCUCUAUCGCUGAGAGUGGCAAGAACCUCAGGUCUGAGAGUCUGUCGCUGAGAGUGCCAUUUCAAGCCAGUUGUUCACCUGAAUUUGAAGAUGGAGAAUAAAAGGAUCUGCAUGUAGGGACUGAAAGCUAUUCAGAUUUCCACCGUUGUAGUUUGAUAUUUGAUCGUGAAGUUAUGCUUAGCCCUGUAAUUGUUGGGAGGGCACUUGGUGAUUCUCUAGGUGCAAGUUCCGGUAUUACCUCAAUAAUUUUUCGUCAUAAUCUUAUUAUCUGAAGAGAAUUAGCCGAGUCUUCUGGUGUAACUAGGG